AGGGAGGGGAACGGCGACCGGGCCGGGCAUUUCUAGCACCCGGAAGGGCUGGUUUGGGGGGCCGCUUAUAAAGGGGAGGCUGGACGACUGAGGACUUCCGGGCGCUACGGGGGAGUCGGGGGGGGUCUCCUUUCCUCCGGUGUCGGACGCGACCGGGAACUCCCGAAGGGCCUUGAAAGGCUGCAGCAGCUGGACCGGCCUGCAUUUUCCUCCUCCUGCUCUGCUGGGCAGACGCCUCUUGUCCCCUUUUCCCGAGUGGGAGAGGAAGAAAACGGGGCUGCUUUUCCUGCUGCAUCCUUGGCAGCGUUGCAGGUAUUCUGCUCUCUGCCUCUUUCCCCUGCUUGAAACGGGCCGCCCGCUGGCUUAGUCUAAAGAGUUGGGUUUUCUUUAUUAACGUUUUUGGAUAGUGGAUAGAAAAUUGGAUAGAAAAUGAGGUUGCAAAUUGCUAUUAAUGUUUGCUAAUAAGGCUUACUACUGUUACAUAGUAGUUAAGUGCAUUGACUUUGAUUCUGCAAUAGGCACACCUCUUAAACAGGAAUAGAUUUUUAGUGUGACUUCCAGUGAUUUUGGUAUCCCAGCUUUCCUCUUCUCCAACAGGACAGCGGGGCCGAUCUGGCAACAGCUGGGACUGCUGGAUUCCUUUCACAAGAAUUAACCGUGCAAUAAGCUUGCCAGUAUGAGAGCACAAAGAACUUCCAAUAUGCAUAUACAAAGGCAAACACUCCUUCAAAUCAUAGUCAAUUCCCAGUGUCUUCACAGGUUUUUAAGAAGAGACUGGACAGCCACUUGUCUGAAAAGGUAUAGGAUCUGUGCUUGAGCAGGGGAUUGGACUAGAAGACCUUUUGUGAUCUGUCCAAAUGUUAAUUAGAUCUGACCCUAUUGAGUAUUUUGCAGUCAGCCAGCUGGAUAUUUGUAUGUAAGCAGAUAAGGGGUAGAGAAUAUGAACCAUUUGAGAAUCCCUAGGAUUGUUUUGCAUCUUUCAAAGACUGAAUGAGCUCCUAGGCUAUGAAAGGCAUUUUACAUGUUUUUCAAAAACUGUUCUUCGUGUUGCUUCCAUAUGAAAAGUUGCCUGUCUCUAUUGCUACUGUAAGAAUUGCUAACCAUCCCCAGAGCUUAGAUAAGAAAGUGACAAAAGGUCUACAUUCUCUCUCUAUAGUCCAAAUAGGUCUUUCUAAGCUAUAUUGCAAGAACAUCAUUAGUCUUGAAGAGAAAAAGUUGGGCUCCGAAUCUUGCUUUCCUCUUAAAAGAAAAUGAGAGUACUGUUUUGUUUUUGUUUUUGUAAUUCAGAUGCAAGAGGAUAAAGGAGGGGGAGAAUACUUUCUUUCUAAAGGAAACAGUUUAAGAAAUUUGAUAGGAAUGUCUGUUGUUUCCUAACCAUCUAUUGUACUUGAACUUAACACUUCCCCCUUUUCUUAAACUACUAGCCUUUCCUUAAGUGAUGAAUACAGGCAGUCCUCAACUUACAACCAAAAUUGAGCCCAACAUUUCUGUUGCUAAAUGAGACAGUUAAGUGAAUUUUGUCCCAUUUCAUGUUUCUUGCCACAGUUGUUAAGUGAAUUGAUAACAUGGUUGUAACUGAAUCUGACUUCUCCAUUGACUUUGCUUGUCAGAAGAUCACAAAAGGGGAUCAUGUGACCCCAGGACACUGCGACUGUCAUAAAUAUGAUCCAGUUGCCAAGUGUCUGAGCUUUGAUCAGGCCAUGGGGUUGUUGCAACAUUGGUAGGUGUGAAAAAUGGUCAUAAGUCACUUUUUUCAGUGCUGUUGUAAAUUCUAAUGGUCAUUAAAUGAAGUUGGGGACUAUCUGUAUGUUAUUUGCAUAUGGUAUGUGAAUAACUAUACAAUUGAUAGCAAGUCCCAAAAUUAUGCUGAAAUAUAUAUACCCCCACACACAAAUAUCAACGUCUAUGCUUUUUUUUAAAUAUUAAAAACUUUGUCUCUGUUUUUCUGCUUUCAGAGGAGAACUUUAGAUCUCAAUAAUAUUUUGAUUUGAAGCUUUUCAGCAGAAUAUUGUAAUAAGUAUUUAUUGGAACAUAGUAUUUCUCAUUUCUUACUGGAAUGCACCUAACAGAUUCUGAGUAGGGGGCCUGUUUUCCAUCUGCUAAAUUAUUUAUGUAUUCCUAAAAUUUUAUGCUGCUUUACUCCCAAUGGCUCAGAGCCGUGUACACAGAAAACCAGGGCAUUAAAAAAAAAAAAACUAUGGCUUUACAAUUCAAUAAAAAAUGUUGACAAAAAAACCCUAUCGCACUGAUCGACAGGGAUGGAGACAUCAUUCUUAAUAUAUCCUAAGUGCUUUCUCUCAGAACCAAGUUUUUAUUUCUUUAUGGAAAUUCAUUUGGGAUGACGGAUCAUAGAAUAUUCUGUUCUAUAUUCUAUUUGGGAGUAGGGAAUUCUUCAGUAUAAAUCUCAGGCUCUAUCUUUGUGGGGGUCCCCAGCUUCUUUUACAGUUGAACACAUCUCUUCUGCACAUGCACCUUACAUGGCUUUCUAAGGCAUUUUUUUGGUUUGCUUAGCCUGUCACUGAAUGAAGCCUCUCCCCCUUAACCACUGUAAGAACCUGUGCCUUUUUGCCUGUCCAAUGGUGACUCAGCACAUGACCAAAACAAAAAACACCAGACGAGAUCAGCAUAAUUGCAAAAGAGCUCUCUGACAAACUGCGGGACACAAAAAGAGACAUACAAAAAUGCAAAAGAGGAGCAUAUAACUAAAACAGAAUAUGAGCAAAUAGCCUGAAUCUGUAAUGCAGGAGUCAGAGAAACUAUUUUUGCAACUAAUGCAAAAAUAAUUUUAAAACAUUUCAAUAUGUAAGAAACAGGAAGAAAGUCAAGGAAACAAGUCCACUAAUGGGAGUAGAUGGGAGAAAAUGAUAGGUAGCAGGGAGAAAGCAGAACUGCUUAAUUCCUUCUUUGCAACUAUUUUUUUGCAAGAGGAAAAAACAGCCCAACCUAUCAAAAGCAACACCAAGGAAGAUAGAAUCAGCAUACAAGUCAAAAUAGGCAAGAAAUUAGUAAGAGAAUACUUACCUGCCCUGGACAAGUACAAAUCACCUGGAUCAGAUGAUUUAUAUCCCAGGGUUCUGAAGGAGCUAGCAGAUGUAAUUUCAGAGGCAAUGAAUGUAAUCUUUCAAAGCUCAUGUAACGCAGGGGAACUACCAGAGGACUGGAAACAAGCCGAUGUGGUUUUAAUCUACAAAAAAGGGGGGGGGAUUGAAUCUAAGAAAUUAUAGGCCCAUCAUUUUCACAUCAAUACCUGGGAAAAUCUGGAAAAGAUAAGUGGCAGAUUUGUAAGCACCUAGAAACGAACAAGACGAUUGCUAGAAACUAGCAUGGGUUUGUAAAAAAAAAAAAAAAAAAAAAAAAGCCAGACAAAUCUUACUGCCUUUGAUAGUGUGACUAAAGUAGUGGAUCAGAGAAAUGCUGUGGACAUACAUGGAAGGCAUUUGACAAAGUAGUUCACGGCUUGUGUCUUAAGAUAGAACAAUGCAGGAUAGACAGUACCAGCAACAAUGGAUUCACAACUGGCUGACCAAUCACAUUCAACAUGAAAUCUUCAAUGGAAUUACAUCCACAUGGAGAGUAGCAUACAAUGGAGUAUCCUAAGGUUCUAUCCCUACUCUUCAAUAUUUUCAUAAGGAUCUAGAUGGGAUGAAAGGGGAACUCAUCAAAUGUGAGUGACACCAAGCUGGGAUGAAUAGUCAACACCUUAGAACAGUGAUGGCUAAUCUUUUUGCCGAAAAGCGGGGGGAGUCGCUUUUGGGCACCCAAAAUUCAAUGUGCCCUACCCCCCACACAUGCCUGCGGGACCCCUCACGCUCCCCUGCUUUUGGCACGGUGGGCACGGUAAGCCCAUUUUUUGCCCUCCCCAGGCUCCAGAGGCUUUCUUGGAGCCUGGGGAGGGUGAAAAUGGCCCAGAGGCCCUCUGGAGGCUGGAAACAGCCCAUUUCCCGACUUCCGGAAGUCCCAAAAAUGAGCCGGCCAGCAUGUGCACUGGAGCUGAGCUAGGGCAAUGCUCGCAUGCCCACAGAUAUGGCUCCAUGUGGCACGUGUGCCAUAGGUUCACCAUAACGGCCUUAGAAGAUAGACUCAAGAUCCAGAAGAACUUUUGACAGACUUGAACACUGGACCCUAUCUUACAAAAUGAAAUUCAAUGAUGAAAAAAGUCAGGCCCUGUAUUUAGGUAGUAGAAACCAAAGGCAUGAGUACAGAAGUGUUAGUACCUGACUUAACAGUAGUAACGGAGAGAUUUUGAUGUCCUAGUGGACCACCACUUAAGUAUAAACCAGCGUUGUGCUGCAGCUGGCAAAAAGCAAAUGCAGUCCUUGGCUGCAUUAACAGAAGGACAGCAUCAAGAUCGCAGAAGUAAUAAAGCAAGUACAGCUUUAUACCACACUACUUAUGCUACACUUGAAAUUUAUUUAUUUUAUUUAUUUAUUUAUUACAUGUAUUUAUAUGCCACCAUUCUCCCGAAGGACUCAGGGUGGCGAACACUAGUUAAGAAACAAGUACAAUAAAAUCAUAAUUUAAUCCAAAUAAUUAAUUAGUAGUAAAUAAUAAAGCCCGGAAUCAGUCUCAGCCUAUUUGUUUGAAAAGCCAAGUCUUCAAGUCCCGACGAAAGGAGCGGAGAUCAGGAGCCGUCCGGAGCUCAGUAGGUAAUUCAUUCCAGAGGGUGGGAGCACCCACAGAGAACGCCCUACCCCUGGGCACAGCAAGGUGACAUUGGCUCGCCAUCAGAACCCUGAGGAGAGCGGCCCUAUGUGAGCGAACAGGACGGUGAGAGGCAGGCAGGAGAAGGUCCUGCAAAUAUCCCGGACCUAAGUCAUGAAGGGCCUUAUAGGUGAGGACUAGCACCUUGAAGCAGACCCGGAGAACCGCUGGUAACCAGUGCAGCUCACGCAGGAGGGGUGUUAUAUGGGAGUAACGAGGGGCUCCCAUAACAACCUGUGCAGCUGCAUUCUGGUUCAGCUGGAGUCUCCGGGUGCAUCUCAGGGGCAGGCCCAUGUAGAGGGAAUUGCAGGAAUUCAGAAAUACUGAAGGGAUCAACUUGAUCUCCAAAGCACCGUGGAUGGAAGCUUGUUAAGAGAGAGGACUAAGGAGAAAUUUCUUGACAGAACGAUCAAGCUUGUCUCUUGGAUUUGUGGGUGCUCCAUAAUUGGAGGUUUUCAAGAAUAGACCGGACAACCAUUUGACCAGGAUGGUAUAAGAAAGCAGUCCCCAACCUUUCCGGUUCUGCGGAUCAGUGGAAAGGGGGGGGGUGGUUGGGGACCCUGGUAUAAGGUCUCCUGCCUUGAGAAGGGGGUUGAACUAGAAGACCCCCCAGAUCCCUUUCAGCCCUAUGUUCCUACAUUAUAAAUUGGCUUAUACUGAUCAUGCAUCUGGGAGGGGUAUUUCUGGCAACAGAUGGGCCUGUGGAAAUGGUCUAUCUCUCACUGUGCCCAAACUGUAGUUACAGAUGGAUACCCCUAUUUAUUGUAAUAUAGUGGAAUGGGCAGACAAUCCAAAGGUUGCUGGCAAGGGAGAAGGGACUGCAAGCCAUGGUUUGCCUAGUUACCCUGCAGAGUGCUCCUAAGGACCCUGGCGGUGCACUCAUUAGAAUGUAUUAUUGCAGGCUAAAUGUGCCCACAGCCAGGAGUUCGAUCCUGACCGGCUCAAGGUUGACUCAGCCUUCCAUCCUUCCAAGGUGUGACACACCGUUACGAAAAUGUUAAAGCAGUGGAGAUAUCUGUGCAGCCAACUGCAGUUGAAGAGGUUAUAUCGGUAGGGAAAGACGCUGUUGAAGUCCAGCAACUUUCCAACACAGGUGAAAUUGCAGCAAAAAAGGAAGAGCAAACUUUGAAUGAUCUUGUGAAUCUUUUGCAAGAUGUGGUAAAAAAUAUCCCCACCGGACUUGUAUUGUCAACUGAACAACCUCCAACUUUUUGGACACCCGAAAUAGUAACUUCUCCAUCUGUAGCAGUAGACACUGUUUGGGUGAAUGUGAACCCCCAAAGUAGUGACAAGUCCAGAACAAUUGCCUUGAUGAAAAAGGAUACUCCAACUACAACGGCCUUUUGGAAACUCAGAAAUGACGCAUCUGCAUCUGUUAUCCUGCAUUCCGAUACAAGUCCCUCAGAAAAUCUCCCCAGUGAGACAAGUGAGUCUGUUAUUCUGAUUUCUGAAGAGCCAAGUCCAGGAAACACCUUGGGCACCAUUUCAGUUCAGUUGGAAAAAGAAGCAACUCCUAAGAAAGAAGGUAAGAGUUUUGAUCAGUUAACCAAUGGAGCCUUGGCUAGUCUAGUGGAAUCUCUAAGGAAUGUACAAAAGUUACAUAUGCCGCUAGACAAUAAUAAACCACAGCAGAAAAGCCAUCCACUGAUGUUGGCUCAUCAUAAGCCUAGAGGUUUAGACAUCUUAGAAGCAAUUGAUACACUAAUUAAAACCAUUAAGAAUGCACCACCCUCUGUUAAAGAAGACCCAGAUCUUCAUGAGUAUGUUGAGGAAGCAGAGGGUUACUUAAAAAAUGCUCUGGAAUUAGCAGGGGAGGCAGAGAGGAAGCUGUUGCAGAAGAAAGAACAGCAGAUGAAACUUGACAUUGAGCUUCUUAAUCCCCCAUCAACAGCUCCACCUAUAACAGAAAUGAAGUUGGACAUAGAGUUGCCUUCCUCCCUCUCAUCAGAAGCAUCUGAGGCAGAAAUAAAGCUGGAUAUAGAGAUCACUCCUUCCCCGUCAACAGUUCCACCCGUCACACAGGUGGAGAUAGACAUAUCUCCUUCCCCAUCAACAACUGCUUCUGCAUCGGAAGUGGACAUCAUUUUGCCUCCAUCUGAGUCUCUGGAAAAGAAAGCAGAAGCCACGGAAAAAGAAAUGGGGAAAUUAAAAGCAUUUAUUAAUUUAUUAUAUGGCUUUAGUCCUGAAUUAACUGAAUAUGCAGAGAAUUCACCACAUAAAAAGAUGGCUCAGGAUAUUGUUGAAAGAUCAAUGGAAGUCCUUGAGGCCAUAAAGAGUGUUUUUUGCGGAAAUCCUAAAAAGCAAAGUAAACAGAUUUUGAAGCAUUUGUUACAGAAAGACAUGGAGCUUGUAAGACAAGCCAUGAAGGAAAAAAGAACCUCUUAAGAUACGUUCACUCCUUGGUACUGUAGGUUUUUAUGAGCAAUCAAGAGGUCUGGUUUCUUAAUUGUAACAGCAAUUGAAAUACACCUGUAGCCACUUUCAUGCCCGAAAUUAAAUGUUUGUUUUUAAAUA